UUUAAGAUACCAAUAUUAAUAGCUGACCCCAUGAAAAGACUCUCUUUAGUUUCUUUGUGAAGCUUUUCACCCUCUUGUGCUAUUUUGCUACUAAAAAGAUUAUUCUUUUACCUUCUUUUCCGGGUACCUUUAGCUACACAACAACUUUCUUGAUGUUUCUAGGGUUCUUCUUCUUCCUCACCAACUCUUAGAUUUUGUUGACCUUUCUGGGAUUGUUUGCUUUGACCAUGCCACUUGUGGUCUAAUCCCUUGAGGGUUUUGUUUGGCAGGAAAAAAAAUUCAAAUUGGGGGUGUUUGGAUAAGGAAAAAGGGGUUGAAUUUCUGAUUUAGCAGCCUGUUUAUGAUCAAGAAAGCUUCUUGUGUACUGUUUCUUGAUUUUCUUUGAAAAAAUUCAAGAUUCCCAUGAGGGUUUUUAAAAAAGAUUGAAACUUUUACAUCUUUGGUGCAAUUCUGAAUUGGGGUUUUUCAGUUUUUUCUCAUCUUUGAUAAAGAAGAAUUUAUAGGUUUUUUAGUGUAUCCAGCUAAUCAGAAUUUUGGUGAUCAGAAUCAAUAGGAUUAAGAAUUAACAUAUCCAUUUUACACUAAUGGGGACUGAUGUUACUGAAGUUGUGGAGAAAUUGCCAUCACCAAGUGACAUUAAGGUGCAUAAGGUUAUGUGCACGGAGUUACUAAAGAUUGUCGAUCGGGUCGAUAAGAUUUUCCCUGAAAUAGAAGCUGCGAGGCCUCGGUGCUCGUCGGGGAUCCAGUCACUUUGCUUGUUAACUAAGGCCAUCGAUAAAGCCAAAUCGUUGAUUCGAGACUGCUGUGAGUCGAGUAAGCUCUACUUGGCGUUGACGGGAAGUACGGUUUUGUCGAGAUGUAAAAUAUCGAAGAAUUUGCUUGAACAGAGUUUGAGUCAGAUCCAAAGCAUGGUUCCUGUGAUGCUUGCAUCAAAGAUAUCUCAUAUCAUUGGGGAGCUUCGGAGGGUCAAACUUAACUUAGAUCCAUCAGAAGAAGAAGCCGGGAAAGCCGUUAGAUCAUUACUCGAAGCAUACCGAACGAGAAACCUUUCAGAAGAUAGAUCUGACAACGAGUGGAUUCAAAUAGCUACGCAAAAGCUUCAAAUUACAUCGCAAAAGGCACUUUUAAUCGAACGAAGAUCUAUGAAAAAACUCGUAAGAGAAAUUACCGACGGAAACAACAAACAACAAAAGAAGCAGAUUUUAUUACACCUUUUAGAUUUGCUUAAUAAGUACGGAAAGUCAAUCGCAUAUGGACGCGUAGAGACCGAUAACAGUGUACAAGAUCAAGAUUACGAUUCUCAAACGGUUGACUUUCAUGUUGACCGUGAAAAGAGUGAAAAAGAUAUGUUCGGUGCACCGCCAGAAGAGUUUAAGUGUCCGAUUUCUCUCAAGAUAAUGUACGAUCCGGUUAUUAUUAGUUCGGGUCAAACGUUUGAAAGAAUGUGGAUACAAAAAUGGUUUGACGAAGGUCACGACGUAUGUCCAAAAACGAAAAGGAAAUUAUCGAACUAUUCAAUGAUACCGAACACUGCCAUGAAGGAUUUAAUCUUGAAAUGGUGUGACACGUACGGAAUCACGGUCCCGGAUCCGUUUAUUCAGCUGCCGAAUCAUGUUAACACGUGGGAACAUUCUACUACUUCGGUUAAUAGUUUGAGUUCCAUGUAUAGUCUUCAACUUCCGGUUGAUUACAGUAGUGUUUCACUGAGUUCUUUAGAUAACAGCCGAGUUAUUGAAGUUGUCGAAAAUAGUCGUGAAUUUGAUGUUGAAUUAUCUCAAGAAAUUGAUGAUGCGCUUCCGUGGGAGUUUCAAUGCAAGUUUGUACAAGAUCUCGUGACCCGUUUGAAAGAUGAUGAUCAAGCUUGUAGCUUUAUUAUGUGUGAGAGUUUGGUUGGAUCGCUUGUGAAAUUUUUGAUGGUCGCACGUGAUGAAAACGAUGUGAAAGCUCAGAGGAGUGGAUGUUUGUUGUUGCUAAUUUUGGUUACCAAAUGCAGGAGUAUAAAAUACUUGAGCAAAGAUGCAUACCAGUUAAUAUCCGAGUUUCUUGAAUCAGAAGUAACCGAAGAAGCUCUUGCCAUUAUCGAAGAGUUGUCGUCCCACGAAAAAUGCCGAUCCGAAAUUGCAUCCUCGGGUUCUCUCACUUAUAUUUUCAAGAUUCUUGAUACCCAACCGAGAGAAAUUCAAACACGGGCCCUCAAGAUUCUCUUUAACUUGACUUCAACUAGAAACGUUUGUAAUUUAAUCGUUUCGUCAGAACUAAUCCCUAAACUGGUCACGCUUUCUGAAGACGAUGAUUCAGUUUCAGUAUACUGCAUAGCGAUCUUGACGAAAUUAUGUGGAAAUCCGGAUAAUAAAAGCAUUAUUGCGGAGACGAAGGGGUGCAUAUCGUUAGUCGCUAAAGUUCUCGAGAGUGAAGGGUGUAAGGAACAAGAACAGGCGUCGGAGAUUCUUCUUUCGUUAUGCUCUCAAAGCAUUCAAUAUUGUCGGUUGGUGAUGGACGAAGGGGUGAUUCCUUCGUUGGUUUCGAUUUCGAUUAAUGGAAAUGAUAAAGGGAAAGCUAAAGCGCUUGAACUGCUUCGGCUUUUGAGAGAUGCGGAGCUUGAAGAUUAUGUGGAAGAACCGGUUGUCGCUACGGUUUACGAUGGUUCAAAGGAUUCGUACGGUUUGCAUGCGGAGAAGAAGACGUCGUCUAAAGCUUCACGGAUUAUAUCCAAGUUUCCAUUUAUUUCCAGAACGCAAAAGAGGAAAGUAUAGGUUUUGCAGUUGUUUGUCUUGUAAUAAAACGGGUAGUGUCACUCCCAGUUUUGUUCAGGUUUGUAAAUUAAAAUCAUUUGUGCAUACAUAUAUAUCGCGUUAUAGAAUCCCACUUGAGUUCAGAUCAACCGUGUUGAUUCAGCCUGCUGAUAGAAAGUAAAAUAGAUUUGUACAUAGUAAACCGUUGUUUAGCUCGUUGGUUUCUGUAGUUUUUAUACAUAACUUUUGCUGAUUGAUUGUUCAUUUGUAAUAUUUUUGGAGGAGUUGCAUUGCAUGAAGAUGAACAUUUUUAUUUAA